AUGCCCACCCUUUCAGGGUUUAGGGAUGUGCCCCCAGCCCAGAAGCUAGAAGGCAGCCUGUUAAAGACCUACAAGCAAGACGAUUACCCCAACAAGGCAUUCCUGGCCUACAGAGUCUGCAUGACCCACGAAGGCCAGCCCUGGGUUUCCUCCGUGGUCCCCAAGAUCCGACUGCAGAUGGCACAGGAUCCCUCCCUCAACCAUGAGUACCAGCCAGUGAUGGGCAUGAAAUCAUUCAUCGAGGCCUCGCUGCAACUCCUCUUUGGAAAGUACAACGAAGUUAUUGUGGAGAACAGGGCAGGGGGCGUGCACACAGUUGGUGACAGUGGUGCCUUCCAGCUUGGGGCCCAGUUCCUCAAAACUUGGCAUCGAGAUUCCCAAAUAGUUUACAUCAUUUCUUCUAAAAAAGAGCUGCAUGGACUCAUCUUCCAGGACAUGGGCUUUACAGUUUAUGAAUACUCCUUCUGGGACCCCCAGCAGCUGUGCAUGGACCCCAGUAUGCUCCUUGAUGUGGUGGAGGAGGCCCCCCAUGGCUGUAUCUUUGUGAUUGGGAACAUUAGCAGCUGCAAGAUGACACUGAGUCAGUGGGCAAAGUUCAUGGCCUCCAUGAAGAGGAAGCAGAUAUUCCCAUUUUUUGACAUUCCCUGUCAAGGUUUAACCACCGGUGACCUGGAAGAAGAUACUAGGUUCUUGCAAUACUUUGUGUCCCAAGGCUUUGAGUUCUUCUGCAGCCAGUCUCUGUCCAGGAAUUUUGGCAUUUAUGAUGAAGAAGUUGGGAUCCUUGCCGUGGUGGCGCUCAACAACCAGCUCCUGCUAUGCGUCCUCUCGCAGCUGAUGAACUUGGCCCAGGCCCUGUGGCUAAACCCUCCUACCACUGGUGCUCGCAUUAUCACCUCCAUCCUCUGUAACCCUGCUCUGCAGGAAGAAUGGAAGCAGAGUCUGAUAGGGGUUGUGGGGAACAUCAUGCUCAUCAAGGAAAAGGUGAAGGGGAAGCUCCGGCUCCUGGGCACCCCCGGCUCCUGGGAUCACAUCACUGAGCAGAACGGGAUCCAUAGCUAUCUUGGACUUGACUCCCAACAGGUGGAGUACCUGGUCAAGAAAAAGCACAUCUACAUCCCCAAGAAUGGUCAGGUCAACGUCACCUGUAUCAAUGCCUCCAACAUAGAUUACAUAACUCAGAGCAUCAGUGAAGCUGUCCUCGUCACGAAGGGCUCAGGGAAAUGUCUCCAGAAUGUAACUGAUUCUUGA